UUGAGCGCUAGGACGCGUCCAAAAAGGGGGUCUUGCUGGGCGGCGAGGGAGGAGGGGGUGCGAGUGCUUCUAACACAUCUGUAAGCGGAGCCCACGUUCAUUAAUUAAAUGGCUUUAGUCCGGCUAGGCCUCAAUUUGCGCUGUUGAGCAGCAGGCGGCGGGCAGUGCAACACUAGAUGCCCGACUGGCAGCCUAUAAUCAGAGGGGAGGAGUCUGGAGAGGCGGUGUGCAGUGAAAGGAAUGGGGUGGCAGAGUGGUUGUGCCCCCUGUGCCAAAAAGGGCAAUCAGACAGAUCUUCCCUAUCUCUACAUCUCACCCAACAACACAGCGUGCUUUCAUCGUGUGUCGACAGGUUGCUGGAUAUUGCUGUUCUAAAACGGGCUGCCCGUGUAGACGAGGACAAAGGCGCUCACAAGUCCUCAGAUGCUGAGUCUUCACAACUGAAGCUCGCUGAAGACAUCACUUCAGACCCCUGCAAAUCUAGCGAGAGUUCAGACGCUACCCAGACGCUUGGAGACAAAGAGAUGGAGGAAGAGAGAAUAAUGGAACAGGAGGGAGGUGAAGCUGAAGCCGAGCCAGAAGAGGAGGGAAAUCCACUUACAGGAGCCAAACAGCAAAAUGCAACUGAAAACACAGAAAUCCCAGACGCUAGUGAAAAGUCAGUUGGUAAAAACGGUGUGCCAGCUGAAAAUAACACCCGUUCAUUCAAAUGUAAUGCCUGCUUGGAAAGUUUUCCCAGCAGAACUGCCUUGAGUGUUCAUUACAACUCUGCAUCCCACAUUCAGAGAAUGACAACAGGCUCUGGAAAACAAGGUGCAGAAAAUAGUCCCCAAACUCCUUCGGUUCCAAUCCUGUCUCGGCCAUAUAUAUCAAACAAACCCUACCAGUGUUCUGUAUGUCGAGUCUCCUACAAUCAUGCCAUCACCCUUGAGAGCCAUAUGAAAUCUGUCUUGCACCAGACCCGCAGCAGAAAUGCUGGAAUUGCUGCACAUGCUGCAAACAGCGCAGUGGCUGCUGCUGGGUUGAGAGGCAGCGCUGCCAACCCAGUAGUUACCACGUCGGAAAGUGGAAGCAGUCAGUCAGCUACCUCCACCAACUGUGCUGCUCCUGGGACGUUGAUGGUGACUGCUGCGAAAGAAGGCGAGCAGAUUCCAACUUCACAAGUGGCUCCCUCCCUCCUCACUUCCCCUGUGGCCUCAGCUCAGGCGGUCUCGGCCUUUCUCACCCUCCUCACUUCCAGUCCCAACACGCUGUCACACUCCCUCCUCCCCUCCCUGUUUGCAGCUAGUGCUGCUCCUGGUGCCGCUGCACCUCAGCUUGUGCCUCAGCCUCAAAUGGUUAUGCCCUUGAUCUUAAAUGGGCUCCAAGCCCAAACCCAGCAGCACCAAGAGAACCAGCAGGGCCAGCUCCUUACCCAGUGCGUGCCACUCGUAGGUCUCAGCACAGCCCAGCAAGCUCUUCUAACCCAAAGACUUAACAGCUUACAGAACCAGUGGCCCUCUGCAGGAGUUCCAACAAACAUACAGCUCUGUGGGGAAGAGCAAAAACAGACUUUAAAGAGUGAGAGAGAACAAAAAAGUGAGGCUAGAAAUGAGACUGUUGAAGAAAAGAUCUCUGAUCAGGUCAAAGAUGAGCAUAACCGUACUGCCCAGAAACCUAAGGAGGACAACAGUACAGACGUUUCACAGUGUUCUGAUAUAGAAAGUAACCUAAAGGUUGAGAAUAAUGAAAACAAUGGGAAGGCACAUGAAGAUAGCACAACAGAUGGAGACUGCUCAACAAAUCAGUUGGACCUGGAAGGUGAUAAAGCAGCUAGCCUGAAUCUCUCCCCAGCGGGCACAGAGAAGAGCCUCCGCAAUAACAACCUCUCCCCUUCUGCAUCUGUGCCCAGCAACUCAAGCCUCAGUCCUGUAAAUUUAAACCUUACCCUUAGUCCUGAUUCUACUCCUCAAAAAUCCCAAUCAGGCACAAGCCCAUGUGGCUCUCUUGGCACCCCAAAAUCCAGCUCAAGUACCAAUGCCUUAACUAACAGCCAAAAUCGUCUUCAUUGUAAUACAGUGGAUUCCAUUUAUCCAGACCUUCCAGUGCUUUCAGAGUUCCAGUCAGAGGUUCUCUGGGCCUUCUUUGAGUCACGUAGUGAGGCUGAUGCUGCAAGUCCUCCCCAUGAGGACUGUGAAGCGCUGGGCCGAGAGGUGGGUCUUUCUGAAGAAGAGGUUCGAAGGUGGCUGACCCAAGCUAGACACACAAAACAAAGACAGAGGGCGACAGAGUUGGAACAGCUGACCGGUGUUACAAGAAAUUGUCAGAGUUCUGAUAAUGACUAUGAUGACGAGGAAAGCUCCCUCAUAAUAGCAGAAGGUGAGGAUGAUGCUGAACCAUUUAGUAAUCAGGCCAUGGAUUUGUCUAGUACAAGAGGGAAACGCAAACACAGAGAGUUGGGAAGGGAGGGUCAGGGAGAUUCUUGUCUCACAUCUGAUUCAGAGAAUGAGGUCUACACUUCUGUCAUUGUUUCAGAUGAGGAAAGUCAGAAUGGGUCUUUAAAAGAUGAUCCUGUAAGCCCUGCUAAAGACGAAGCACAGCGGGAGGUCCACGGCGAUAAGGGUUCAGUUGGAGGAAAGGUAUUGCGCUCCACGACUGUGUUUCUUUCCGAUGCAGAGGAUGAAUACGAAGAUGAGGAUAGCGGAGGUAGUCAAGGGGCCAAGAGAAAAAAACAGAGAGAGAAGUUUGAACAUGAUCUGGAGCUAAAAAAGGAAAGACAAGACCCAGAUGUAGAUCUAGAGUUGGAGGCCCAAGGUGAUCCUCCAAGCUCACAGUCCAAUGCAGUUGAUCCCUCUGAAAUCCCAACUGGUGCUCUCCACUCGCUUCCCUUGUCAUUCACUCCCUUUUCUACUCCAUUUCUUAGCCCCUAUGUUCUCUCCCUUACUCCUUCGGUGGUUGGGGAUGGAAGCAAAGUCCCCAUCUUUCCCAACCCACCAACCAUCACACGCUUCUCCAACUCUCUUCUCUCGCAAUCUCUCUUCUCACAAAACCAAACUUCCCGCUACCUGUCCAAUGGUGACGACUGUGAGUCAGCUCUUGAUCUCAGCAUGGGCAAAAACAGCUCAAAGUCUGCUCUGUCCUCAUCUCUGGCUGAUACAAUUGCAGCACAGAAGGGACAGUUGCUGGACGGACUUGGCCUGAGGCCCACAUCCAAAGGUCUGGUAGUCGUCCAGGUUAAGCCGGAAUCUGUAACUGCCAUGCCCUCUUCUAACAAUGUUUCAAACAUGGUCAACUGCAGUAAUGUGACCAAGUCUAGCAUUUAUAUGAGGCCUGGAGAAAAAAUGAAUACCACACUAUUGGAAAGGGACCGAGAAAAGGAGAGGGAGCAGGAACAGGAGCAGAGGAAGUCCAAAGGAAAAAGGUACCGGGAUAUGCGGCGUUCAAGGACCAUCAUACAAGCAGAACAACUUGAUAUUCUGUAUGGCUGCUAUUUCAAAGACCCAAAUCCUGGGAAACAUGAGUUUGAACAGAUCUCUGAGUGGGUUCACCUUCCAAAGAAGGUGGUUCAGAUUUGGUUCCAGAACAUGAGGGCGAGGGAAAGAAAAGGCGAGGUCAGAUUCAUCGGUGACGGGACCUUGGCAGCAGUUGGCAAACCUCUCAUCAAAUUUACUUGGCCUCUUUCCAAACCCAUAUUCACUAACAAGCCUGCUACAAACAAUACCGGGGGAAUUACAACUACUCCGAUUGUUCGCACCCUCAUCAAGACAGAGAGGGAGCCUGUAAAUGAACUGGCCAAACCAGCGCCAGUUGUGAUGAAAAAAAUAUCCCCUGUUCCUAUAAAGCCGAAGGAGAUCGUUUCUUCCACCACAGCAUCUCCUGUGAGCAGCAGUGCUUCUGCAGUGCCAAAGACCACACUCGAAACCACCAGCAACAUCACCAUGGUUAAAGUUGCACCCAAAGCAAAUACCCCUGUCCUCUUGGUGCCACCCAAGGAUUUGAUUCCAAUUGCCCCACGACCAGCCCAGAAACGAAAGCUAGAAGACGAGAGUGAGGAAGAAAAGACAGAUGAGGAGCGGGAUAACGAAAAUGAGAUUGGUCCUGGACCAGGAACCACUAACCGCAUGGUGCCGAAGCUCCCCACAACUCCCAUCAACAACAGGCCUUCAGCCACAGCAGUGGUGCCACAAAAACAGAAUGGGCUGAACUACUGGACUUCCAAAGUCCCCAUUAAGAUCAACACUCUAUCAAGAGAACAACUGGCUCUUCCUACGCACACAGCUCCUCGUACCAUCCCCCCUCCUCCCACCCCCAGCAUUGCACCAGUCAGCCCUAACACCCCUAGUUCUGCCAAAGUGGCCAGCCCUUCCACCCCAUGUGUAGCUAAAUCAAGCCCAACAGAAAGCAGCUUUCUUCCCCACUCAUCCAGCCGUAGACCACGCACUCAUUUGUCCUGCCUACAACUGUCCAUUCUGCAGUCAUGUUACGAGACCUGUGCCCAUCCCAACGCCAUGGAGUGCGAGGCAAUUGGCACUGAGCUCAACCUGCCGCUCAAGGUGGUGCAGAUUUGGUUCCAAAACACAAGAGCGAAGGAGAAGCGCUGGAGGCUGCAGCAGGAGAAAAUGUCUCCUCUUUCAGGCGGGAAGGUAGACAUGAGCUCAGGAAGCUACCUGCAGUACAGCGCUCUCAAGGCCAAUCGACCCAUCCUGCCCAAGCCUGUUCAGCUAACGGUUACCGAACCUCCAGCUUCCCCAGUGCCCGGUCAGCCGGUGCCAAAGGAGACCCUGACGGGGCGCUGUGACGCUUGCAACGUCUCAUUUGAAUCCCGGGCUGCAGCAAGGGCCCACGUCUUCUCUCCGCGUCACCUGGCAACCCUGAGAACCACUAACUUUGGCCAGCCGACGGCGCUCGUCAACAAGAGCGGAACCAGCAGUGCUGCUCUUUCCACUACUGUAACCAGCUCUGGCGGUGGUUCUGAAGGGGAGAUAAUAAUCGAGUUGCCUCCAGCGAUGGCCACCAGCAACAGUUAAAGACUCAGAUCAGGAUUGGUCUGCACACUGACUAUUGUUGGACCCAUUUGGGCUCCUCAGAUUUUAAUAAACAGAUUUGAGCACUAAUCCUCAAAAACUAAUAUUCUUUAGUUUUUGAUGUUGGCUCCCCCCUUGCACCCGCUAUCCUUUGCUCAACCUUCACUGACUUGAUAUCCGUUAUCUGUAGAGCUCACCUGGUAUCAAAUACAACGGCAGACUCUUUCCAUGCUGCUUGUCACUUAAUCAGUUGCUGUCUGAUAUGUGAUAACACCCCCACCCUCCUCAGAGUUCCCUUAAUCCUCAUUUUAUCCAGACAUUUUUGGUCCUAACCCUGUGGUUAUGUAUUACCUUACUUCUAUGACCUUCCUAUAAUUUGUAAAGGCACUCAGCUUGCCACGCUUGAGCUGUUGUACCCUAAAAACUGAUGCAAGUGUUUCCCUUUUCUUUUUUCUUUCUUUUUUUGGCAGAGGCCAUGGGGGGCUUUUUGGGAAACACUUUUUGGGAUAACAUGGAAAUGCUGACAUGUAUAACUCCCACUUUGCUCCUGUGGAAUUGUUUUUCUCACGCCUACUUUCACUUUUAGGGCAACGAUUGCUUGGAUAAAAUACGACUGGACUAAAUCAUUGGGAGAGAAAGAACUGGUCUUAACCACCACCCUUUAUAAUUGCCACAGAAGGGUGAAAUGAAGAGUGUUGUCUACUCACUACUUUGGGAUAUAAAAGGAGGUACUUUGGAGAGAAUAGGGCUGUUGAAUUGUUCCCAUAUUCAUGUUCAUAGUUUCAUGACAAUCCAAAUAGGCAGCGCAAAAAGAGGCUGAGGGAAGUAGAAUCUUUGGCAUACCGCACUUUGACACAUUUUACAUUGUUUUGAAAUGUUUUUAAGCAUUCGAAUGCAGGUGUCUUUUAUGGAAGGAUACACUGAUGCAUGUUGGAUGCCUUAAUAUAAAGUGAAAUAGUUUUGGGGUUUUUUUUGUUUUUUUUCCUAAUCAAAUGAAACAUGCUUUAGGUGUGAGUAUAAUAAUUGUGCAAAAAGCAGACUUGGGCGUAUUGAAGAAGAGCUUUAUUCCAAAAUGCUUUUACAUUAACCUUUUUUUUUUUUUUUUGUUUUUGGGAGAAUAUUUGUGAAUGUCACAUGUUUAUAAAGUUGUCACCAACCUCUUGGCCAAGGAGUAGAAUUACAAACUAUCAUGCUUUCACACGUUUGCUGUAAAUUUCACUUCCUACCCAAAUGUGUGCGUCUCAUUUUGGAAUUUAGCUCUUCAGACCGGUGGGUGAAGAUUACUUUUUUUUUUUUUUUAACGGCUACUGUGGGAUACGCGUCCAAGUCCGGGAGAUUCCUUUUGGAGAAUUCAGUCUGAAUUCGACAAAUUGGGCUGAUUUCCUCACCAUGUUGUGUGUGUGUGUGUGUGUGUGUGUGUGUGUUGUUUUUUUUUUGUUUGUUUGUUUUUGUUUUUUGCGAAUACUGUGUAUAAAGCCCUUUUCAGACUUAAAAUUCCUGGCUUCACUAGUCUCUUUAAAAAAGGAUGGCUAACCCCCCAUUUUGUAGGUCACUUUUGUGUGCUGCAUGGUGCUGCUAAGACUGAUGAUUCCCCAUCCCUCCUACAAAGGCUCCAAAACACAUCCCUUCUGACUUGGGAUUAAUGAAAAUGCACCAUAGAAGAAUAUUUUCAAUGUAUAGCAGAUUACAAACUGAGUGUGUAGAAAACUUGCCGUUAGCAUGCAGUUCACGUUUGUGUGUGUGUUCAAAGUGAUACCUGAGUGUUAUCCAGUCUGGCGCACUACCUUUUACACACAAGUGACCUGCAUGUCGAUUCGGACAAGGAGCCGACAGAUGCCGUCACCACUGAAAGGGGCUUUAGACAGCAAAGUUACGAAUUUCUGUAAUCAUUUCAUUUAUUUCAAUAUUUAAACAAAUGAUACAAAAAGCAAUUCAAAUCUGGCAUAACAGAUUUUUUUAUUUUUUUUAUUUUUUAUUUUUUUUAGGUCAAAAGCCAAACAUCUAGACCGAGACAGCAGGGUUUGACAUGGUUUGUCCCCCUCCUCCCCAUACUUGUUUUCCUCUUGGGUCCCCCCCCCUCAGUUUUGAAGCAGAGUUGGUGAUUCUUGUAAUGUUUGUGCUGUGAAACGAGAGCUAAUAUCUGGAAACCACAACAAGGGAGACAGCUGGGUAUUACAAGCAUCCUUAAGGGACAAACAGAUACUCAAAUCUAGGAAGCAAAUUAGGAAACCUAAAAGAAAAAAAUGUGUUGAGUGAGAGCUAAUAAGAUGGUGCUGUGUUGAAGGACACUUAACAUACUAAAGAUGUUUUCCUUCAAUUUAAGUUGUAUAUUAAUGUUACUAUUGAUAGUUUUAACAAAAUGCAAAACUAAACAUGAACUUUUUUUUGUAAAGAAAUAUAUUAAAAAAAAAAACUGAUAUUCCAAAGUAAUCCUCCCUUUGCUUUCUGUCAUUCAAAAACCAAAAAGCAAUCUUUAGGUUGACAGAGAGCAGGAGAGGUGUUCGCAAAUGCAAACUGUAAAGGACGUCCCACGGCUUGACACUUGCACUAGUCCACAAUUUUUGCACAAGCUACAGGCAUUUCAAAUGAACACAGCCAUCACCACAACAUUUAAGAGUCACUCGGUGUGGUUUUUUUGAAACAAGGAGGGUAAUGCUGUCCUUUGACAACUAAUAAUUUCUUACUCCUGUUGGAAACUGUAUCUUGUGUGUAAAGCAGGGACUGGAGUGCUUGAUCCUCAAGACUGGGAUUACACACGCACACACAUAGACACGGUGUUGCACUGUCCAAACUAGAUACGUUUUUAUGGAGAUCUGCUUUUUAUUCUCUUAUGUUUCAUUGUCACUUUGAUUAUCACUAUUGUUAUAACUGUACUACUACUUAUACGAUUUAUUAUUACUACUCAUCACUGUUUUUGAUUAUUGAUUCAUAAUGGUUUUAAAUGCCACCACUCUGCUCAGAAAGAGUCUGGUAUUCCUAUGAAUAUUGAACAAUAAUAGUGGCAGUGUUGUUCUGAAUUGUUAGAUUUUUGAUUAAGCUUAUUUUUCCUCCUCACUUGUACCUGCCUUUUUUGUGUUUGGUCUCCAUUAUGCUUUCUUUGAUAUACAGAAAAUAAAAUCAUUGAAGAACAAA